AUGCCUUUAGAAGUUGAACGUUUCAAAGAGAUUGAGGAAAAGUUACUCACAGCUUUUGUGGAAGAGAAGAGUGAUAUAAUCACCCUUGUUACUAUCUUGGACCUUUAUUCUGAAGAAGUGAACUUCAAGGGAAGUUUAGAACAAAAGUAUGAAUAUUUGAGUGAAGUCCUAUCCCUUUUACAACAGAAUAAAGAUGUAGUGUAUGAAAUUGGGUGGGAUUUGCCCAAAAUUUUGAUCAAAUUCAUUCAUUGGGGCAAUAAUAAUCACCUUGGUGCUGAUCGUUCCAAGAAGUUUUUGACUGUGAUCAUGAAAUGUUUUAAUGAAGUAGCAUUGUUCGGUAACCCAAAAGAGUGUUUCUUUGCUGGAUGUGAGCUAAUGAGCAGCCUACGGAUUAAUGAUGAGUCACUAGUGAGGUUCAUUGUGGAGGAAGAACCAGUUAUGGAUCCUGAGAAUGAGGAUUCCGGUGAUGAAACUUACACAGAGGAUGAGGGUUCUAGUGAUAAAACUGAAGAAGAGGAAGAGAAGAAUGCUGUCAAGGAUUCGCCAACACCUAAAUCUGCUAAUGAAUCUAUUCCUGAUUUGAAAGAAGGAUAUGCCUUUUACGGCAGAUUACCUCAGGAAGUCAUCACUGAAUUGAGAUUUUACUCGAUUAUUGAGUUGAUGGGUAGCACAUUGAAACGUAUUGUGACACUACAUCCAUCGAAAUUUUUAAGUGAAGCGGUGGAAGCUUUCUCUAGGUUCAAUCUUCAAAAUAAUGAAGAUGUUGACGAUUGCCUUUUCAUCCUUCGUAGGUUAUAUUCCUUCAUCAGAGGCUACAUCCCGCCUUCUCCACCUCCUGAUGCUGAUAAACAAGUCUCUGCAGAAGAACUAGAAGAAAUCAAAGUAUCUGAAGAAGUCUUGCAAAGGAAGCUUCUCUGCAACAUAUUGACAUCUGCCUUACAUCAACUACUAAAGGCGAGAACAUGUAUUAGUUUACUGAAUUAUCACUCUCACCUUCAAGGUAUACCUACUUUAUCAACGAGUUCUGAGUAUCUUGGUCAAUUAACUGAUAUUCUUUCCAGAUAUUAUCAGUUGGCAACUUCUUUUGAUAUCGAUGUUUCCGCAGAGUUUAAGCGACUAUGUGUAGAUGAAUCCGUGCGCAUCUAUCGCUCAUUACCAAAGGAUUCGGAAAUUAAAUCGGAUGAAGAAUUGAAGGAAAUCACUAACUUCGUAUAUCAGUUAGCAUAUACUUAUGAAGUGGAAAAGAUUGCUAACGUGAAGGAAAUUCUAUUAGAUCCGGCUGGAAUCCUUAUAUUGCGAUCCUUCUCUAACGAGGACUUUUUGCCACCUUCUGAUGCUAAGAUUACACUACAAGAGGCUAUAUACAUGUACUUGAGGUUUGUUACCCCAUCUAUGUUUUCAGCACUGUUUGAAAACAGAAGCUCUCAUGACCUUGCCAGAACGUGGAUACUAUUCGCUCUAACUAACAACUCAACUCAUGAUUUAAUGGAUUCGCUAAAAGAUCUCCCAUCUUAUAUUAUCACAGUGUAUCUACAAACAGAAUUGAUUCGUGCUUGCCUUCAAAUAAAUGAUAACCUGAGAAGGACACAAUUCAGUAUACUCACCAGAAUUCUUUGCUUGCUCCCUGAAGAUUUUGCAUUUAACUUCAUCAGAGACACUUUAUUGAGUUGUCCCUACGAACAGGCUAAAUGUUGUGCUUUAGCGAUUUUGAAAGACAUGAUGCAACAUGAGAGAAAAGUACCUCAGAAAUCAGAUGAAGACGAUCUAGCGAAAGACAUGGAAAAACUUAAGAUCAAAAACUCUCCUCCUCCACUCCCAUCCAGAGCAUAUAUGUUGCUCAAUGAUGAUAGAAUCGCAACACUACACAGUAUCACCCUAUUGGCAAUUGACUCAUGCGCCGCUGAUCCAGAGUCUAAAAAAGUGAAAACUUUGUUAACUUAUCUAAAUUUCCUCAAUGCUUUCCUCACCAAAUGGGACUCCGUGUUUCUGAAGGAGAUUUGUGAUGCAGUCAACGAUAAACUUAUAAAGAAUGAGAAGGUCGGUGACAAAGAUGAACCUCACUAUUCAUUGCUUGUCUCCACAGUGGCUUCAAUCUCUUCAAAAUUGUAA